AUGACUUCCGCCUCUGUUCCGAUCGAGACGAUUGCAUCUGGCGUCACCGCCGCCGGACCGAUCGUCGCUGAAUCCAUCUCCUCUGUCCCGCUGCAUGCAACGCCAUGCAUGCCCCAGCAUGGCUACGGGCCGCACGCUCCUGCCUCGUUAGCACAUGGCUACGAGCUGCAUGCUGCUGCAUCAUUCCAGAUGGCUGGCUUUACCCCGCCGCCCGCACAUGGCUACAGGCCACACGUCUACGGCGCCAUGCAACACGACGCGUCGCCCGCAGGAGCCGCAGCCGGGCACUACUCUGUGUCAUCUACGGGGCACUACGUGGCCGCGCAUGUGACUUCGUCCAGUACGUCGUCCGCGGCUCUCUGCAACACACCUGCGGCGCCAUACAGUACACCGGCGAUCUACGGCGGGUACCAGCCGGCUCCUCCGAUCGCACCGUACUACGAUGCUCCUGCUCCGUCCCCGGCUUCAUCAACUGCACCACCACCGCCGCCCGGAUGGCGCCCAUCUCCUGGUCCAUGGACAGGGCUAGUCCAGGCGUGGCCUAUGCCCUGGUCCGCCCCUACGCCAUAUGGUGCCCCGCCUGCCUAUAUCGGUGGCUGGUAG